UGUUCCCCUCGCCUCUGUUCUGUCCGCCUCGGACGCUUACACCUCGUAGGUCCAGGCACCGAGACACCGCUCCACGCGCCGAGGAACGCAUCCGGGACGCGGGCCCGGCGCGCCAUUGUGCACAAAGCCAGUCCCCUCGCAAACACACACCUGUCCAGGUACACACGCCAGGUGGGCCAAACCUGGACACACCGGUAACUAUCAUGCCUUAUUAUCUCUCACACAAGAACGCGCCCAACAAACACCCAGAGACCCUGGGGCCGUCGGCUCCUCCGAGAACAGACACGUUCAGUUGGCCAGCGAUGGGGAUCAAGAUGAGCGGGUGUCUGCGUUCGGGAGCCUGGGCUCUGGAGAGAGGGGCAGAUAAUAAGCAAACGAUAAGACACGCGAAGCGCUGUGAAGCGCCGCCGGGGGACGGAAGGAGGAAGAUUGGUUCUGGGGCCUUUUCCAAAGUCUACCUGGCCUAUGCCACACAUGAGCGCAUGCAGCACAACCCCAAGCUGGCCUCCGACCUGCGGGGCAAGCACCAUGCCGUGGUGGCUAUCAAGAUCAUCUCCACUGCCGAGGCCCCGGUGGAGUUCUCCCAAAAGUUUCUGCCUCGUGAGAUAUCGUCACUCAAUGCUACCUACAAGCACCUGAAUGUGGUGCAGCUCUAUGAGACCUACCAGAAUAGCCAGCGCUCCUACUUGGUGCUGGAGUUGGCAGCCUGCGGUAACCUACUGGAACACAUCAACGCAGUGUCGGACCACCGCUGCCGCCCGGGGCUGGGAGAGGAGGCGGCCCGUAGGCUGUUCUGGCAGCUGGUCAGUGCUGUGGCCCACUGCCACAGCUCAGGCAUCGUGCACCGGGAUCUCAAGUGUGAGAACAUCCUGCUGGAUGACCAAGGCCUCCUAAAGCUGACUGACUUUGGCUUCGCCAACCGGUUGGGCCUCAAGAAUUCGCUGCUGAGCACCUUCUGCGGCUCUGUGGCCUACACAGCUCCCGAGAUCCUCAUGAGCAAGAAGUACAAUGGGGAGCAGGCCGACCUGUGGAGCUUGUGAGGGGUACCCACAGUCUCCCCAGCAACAGGAUCCAUGGGAGGGCAAGAGAGGGGGCAUGCCCUGAGGAGCCUGUGCCCCCAGGGGCAUCAUCCUUUAUGCCAUGGUGACUGGGAAGCUGCCCUUCAAGGACCACCAGCCCCACCGCAGGCUGCACCUGAUGCGCCUUGGCCCCACCUUCAGGCCAGGCACGUCCCCAGAGUGCCAGGACCUGAUCCGGGGCCUGCUACAGCCACGCCCGUGUGCACGCCUGGACCUGCAGCAGGUGGCCACCCACUGCUGGAUGCUGCCCGCCGCGCAGGCGCUGUUCUGCACCAUGCUCAGCUCGGCACCAGGUCAAGUGGGGCCCCCAGUGGGGAGGGCAGGUGGUUGCCCCCUCAGUGCCCCUCCUGAUCCCCACGGCUGUCAGUUGCAGAGAAGCCAGCUAAGUCCCAGCUGCCCGCAACCCUUGACCACACGGAGCCUGGCAGAGACUCAGAGCCUCCAAGGCCGCUCCUGAAGCUGCGGCGCCCUCAGCAGGGGGGACCUCACCGCAAGAGUGCU